AUAUUCAUUUAAAACUAGUGGUAGAUAAAGUUGAAGAAAACCCAAAGCGUAGGUGGAAGUAUAAAAACAAAUGGGAAGUCCUAUAUAUCGGUUUUUCCAGUUGGUGACAUCACAAAUUAAUUUGUGAUAAAUUUUUUUUUCGAUUUAUUAUUGUGCAUCUAUUACUCUUAGCGUGUAUUACAAAAAUGUAUAUUUACGAUUUACCUUACACAGAUAGAGACAAAUUGUGUCAACUUAUGGAUAAAGAUAAUAAAUGGCAAGAACUUGGAGGAGUUCAUAUGAAGUACGAUAUUUUAACUUUGGAGGAAAUAAAAAGAAUCAGUAAAGGAGGUUCUUCACCUACAUCGGAAUUGUUGAACAUUUGGGGUCAUCAGAAUCAUACUGUGUUGGAAUUGUUUGUUUUACUUCAUCGUAUGAAACAAUAUCAAUCAAUGAUAUUAAUCAAAAACUUUGUUGAUAAAAAAUAUCACGUUUUAAUUAAAGACGGUGUCGGUAAUUUGGAUCCUUUAACGAGACAGAAACUUAUGCAAACUAAGAAAACAAAAAAUAUAGAUUAUAAAAUAAAUCUCGAUAACUAUGAAGGUUUUUCUGAAAAAAUUAUAAAUUCUCCAAUCGUGCCACAACUGCCGGAAAUAGUUACCAACGAAAAUAACGAAAGCGUUUGUUUUCCUUUACCAAAGUCACCAGUUAAUUUUGGUAGAUCAAAAGUAACUGCAUCAGAUAUAUCUAUUGUAGCCGAAUCUGUAGGGGGAAUACCUUCUAUUCCUUAUGAGGAACUCCAGAAGUCCACAAACAAUUGGGACGAAAAAACCGUUCUGGGAAAAGGUGGUUUUGGAAAAGUUUAUAAAGGAACGUGGAAAUGUACACAAGUAGCUAUUAAACGUUUAGAUCAAAAAGACCAAAAGGAAUACGAAACAGAGCAAAUAAAACAAUCCAUAACAGAAUUGCAUUGCUUAAAUGCUUAUAGACAUGAUAACAUUCUUCCAUUGUAUGGAUACAGCAUAGGGGGACCACACCCUUGUUUGGUAUACCAGUACAUGGCAGGAGGUUCAUUGGAUAAUCGUCUUAGAACCAAAGAUGCAGAAAAAUUAUUAAACUGGCCUCAGAGAUUGAAUGUAGCUAUUGGAGUAGCUAGAGGUCUUCAGUUCCUCCACACCAAUAUGAUAAACAGGAAACCAUUGGUUCAUGGAGACAUAAAAUCCGCCAACAUUUUGCUAGAUCCUUGUAACCAGCCACGGAUAGGUGAUUUUGGUUUAGCCAGGGAAGGUCCCCAGAGCCAUUACACUUACAUCAAAUUGAAAACUAUGUAUGUAUAUCUCUUCACUCCUGAAGGUGUCAUAAUAGAAACAUACCGCUUCGAUUUGAAAUAUAACAAAGAUUCUAAUUUUUCAUACAAAACCGAAGAUAAAAAAACACCAGAAGAAGUUUUCACUGCUACUAUUUUUUUUCUAAAAGGUGUUAACAAAUUGGGUACUUUGGAUAAAUUGGAUGAAACCACAAAACUUGAUAUCGAAAUGUUGCUUACCAAUGAUUGUCCAGAUGAUUACCGACCUCCAUAUUUUCAUAAAUCUGAUAAUCCGAUCCACAACACCAUUCAAAAUUAUACUCUUUUGGGUCAAAUUACUACAGGGUUUCAUAAAUUAUCAUCCAGAUGUUCCGGAUUGAAGUUACCUCUGGAAAGUAUCAAAAAAGUAUCGAAAACUACGCUAGACCUAAACGAAAAUACUUUCGAUAUGGACAUCGAAUCGGUUCAGAAUUCCCAAGUCAUAUAUACCCAGGAACAAUACGAUACAGCUUAUAGCACAGUUAAUUAUGGACAAUAUAGAAAAGAUUAUGAAGUGCUUAAUAUACUCGACGAUAGCGAAGAAGAAGAACAACAACAACAAGAAGCGGAAGAUGUAGUAAAAGCUUGUCCGAAGAAAAGAUUUGAUAACAGUAACAUAACCGUAUCAGAUCGCGUCGAAACGUCGAUAGAGAGCAACAUAGGAAUAUCUUGCAUCUGUAAAUUAGAAGCUCCGGGAUUCAUUUCCAUUAUACGUUGCGCCCAAUGCGAACAACCGUUCCACGCACCGUGCUACGAUUGUUUUACGGACAAUCCGAAUUUUGUAUUUACAUGUUUGGACUGCAGGAGCGCGGAUAAGAACAUCCCCGUUUCAUUAGUUAAAGAAACGUCUUUGAAAGCUAAAAUGCGGAUAAUUCUGCUAUGCCUUAUGAAAAUUGGAGCGAUACCAAAAGGAAUAUUGAACUCAAUAAAUCCUGAGGACGAACAGUGGAUCAUUCAGAAAAUGAUCAGUUCGAAUCUUUGCGAACCGGAAACGAAAUCUUUAUCCAAUUGCCUUGUUCUAUGGCCAAAAGUAGAUACUUUUUUGGAAGUGUUAACUAAUGAUAAAAGAAUAUCAAUACAAAAUUUGUUUCAUUAAGAUUAAUGUAACUAAUGAAAAUGAUUAUAAUUCAGUUUUAAGUUGAAAAGUUAAAAUUCAAUAUUAGGUUUGUUUUGUUGUUUAGAGUUAAAAACGUUCUAAUUAAAGUUUAUGUUCUGCGUC